UCUUGGCAUCGUCCUCAGUAAUGUCUGGCAAGACUUAUCAUCAUUUUGAAUCCAAGACUUCUGACGCCGUCAGGCGUCGCCUCUCUUCUGUAUCCAGCAAGAAGCCUUAUGUCGCUGCAUCGUACUCUAGUCUGACCGUCAGUCUCCAUCUCUCUCUCUCUCUCUCUCUCUCUUUCUCGCACUCCCAUCCUAAUGACCUAUGUAGCCAAUGUGGGCUGGUAUCGCUGGCAAUACAGUCAACAACAAUACCCAAUUCGAAAUCGCGGUUUCUGUUCACGAUUCGGUCUAUAGUACCGACUUUGCGUCCACCAUCAUCCCCUACUCUGCAACAGACCUUGAGAAGACCGCCAAGACCAUUGAACAGCACGUCUUGGAAACCCUCCGCAAUUUCAGCAGCGAACAUCUAUGCAAGUUCCUUGGUGCCGGUGUCACUCUGUCGCUCCUUCGAGAAUCUCCAAAUUUGUGUACGCGCUUGUGGCUUGACAUGGACAUUGUUCCCAUCGUCUUCAAUAUCAAGCCUUUCCACACAGACUCCGCAACACGCCCCAACAUCAAACACCGCAUCUCAUCCACUACUGGUUCCUAUGUUCCCUCUGGGGCCGAGACUCCGACGGUGUACGUGGAUUCUGCUCACGUAGCUGCUGCGGACCCGCAUCUCCAGGUUGGUGUCACAGGCCGUCUUCCUAUCCCACGCACCCUCGAUGAGCAAGCCGACUCCGCCGCACGGAAAUGUAUCAUGUACUUUGGGCCCGGAAAUAAUCCUCGCCUUAGCAUCGGUGCUCGGAACCAAGUUACCGUUGAUGCCGCUGGCAAGAUUCACUUGCUGGAUGAUCUUGAUGAGUACAAGAAGACCGUGGGGCCUCGCACCUGGAAUGCCGUCGUCAAGCUCGCAGAUGAAUUACGCGAAAAGCAAGUCAAGAUUGGGUUCUUCUCUUCAACCCCACAAGGAGGUGGCGUUGCCCUGAUGAGACAUGCCUUGAUUAGGUUCUUGACCGCGCUUGAUGUUGACGCUGCAUGGUACGUUCCGAAUCCGUCACCCCAGGUAUUCAGAACCACCAAGAACAACCACAACAUCCUCCAAGGUGUCGCUGCGGCAGAUCUUCGUCUGACCCAAGAUGCCAAGGAGAAUUUUGAUGCUUGGAUCCUGAAGAACGGUCUUCGCUGGACCGCCGAAGGAGGUCCCUUGGCUCCUGGUGGUGUUGAUGUCGCUUUCAUAGAUGAUCCCCAGAUGCCCGGUCUUAUCCCUCUGAUCAAGAAAAUCCGCCCCGAGCUGCCCAUUGUCUACCGUUCACACAUUGAGAUCCGCAGCGAUUUGGUCCAUGUUGCUGGUUCACCGCAAGAGGAGGUGUGGAAAUAUCUGUGGAACAACAUCCAACUUGCCGACUUGUUUAUCAGCCAUCCGGUGAACAAAUUCGUUCCUUCUGAUGUACCCAUCGAGAAGCUGGCGUUGCUUGGAGCUGCCACUGACUGGCUCGAUGGUCUGAACAAGGAUCUUGGUGCUUGGGAUUCCGCCUACUACAUGGGAGAGUUCCGCAGCCUGUGUGUCAAGGAAAAGAUGAACGAACUUCGGUGGCCACACCGUAGCUAUAUCAUCCAAAUCGCCCGUUUCGACCCCGCAAAGGGUAUUCCUAACGUUAUCGACUCUUAUGUCAAACUCCGACGUCUCCUCAAGGCCAAGUGCCCUGAUCUCGAGGAAGACGAACACCCGCAGAUGUUGAUCUGUGGUCAUGGCGCUGUGGAUGAUCCCGACGCCAGCAUCAUCUACGAUCAAGUUAUACAGUUGAUCUAUUCCGACGCGUACAGGGAGUAUGCAAAUGACUUCGUCGUCAUGAGACUUCCCCCCAGUGACCAAUUGUUGAAUGCUCUUAUGUCUAAUGCAAAGAUUGCGUUGCAACUUUCGACUCGCGAAGGCUUUGAAGUCAAGGUCUCCGAGGCUAUCCACGCUGGAAUUCCGAUCGUUGCCUCCAUUACGGGUGGUAUUCCUCUUCAAGUCGAGCACGGCAAGUCGGGCUAUCUUACUCAGCCCGGUGACAACGCUGCUGUUGCCCAGCAUCUCUUCGAUCUCUUCACCGAUGAUGAGCUGCACAAGACUAUGAGCAAGUAUGCGAAGACGCAUGUCUCUGACGAGGUUGGCACCGUGGGUAACGCCUUGGCCUGGCUGUACCUGGCCGUUAUGUACGCUCGCGGCCUCAAAAUCCACCCCAAGGGGGCUUGGUUGAAUGACCUUGCUCGUGCCGAGACAGGAGAGCCUUAUGCUGAAGGAGAACCGAGGCUGCCCAGGACUCGGCUUAACUUGCAGGGAUGAAUCCAAUGAUUGCAUGGUAUAGUUCUGCAUCUAUUAGUUUACAUAGUCGCGGGUAGAAAAUGUAGAAAAUUAUGUAGAUUAGAGAUAUAUCAAAAGUUUUGAUCGCGUC